GGGCCGGGCUCUAAUCCGGUUAGGGGGGAUUAGCGUGCAGGUUUAAAGGCUAGAGCGGCGCGGGGAAGGGGUGCAGGCGCGCCGGAGAGGAAGCGGCCGCCGCCGAGCAGCGGGGCAACUCGGACGGCAGCGUUGUAGACGAUGCCAGCCAUCAACAUCGAGGACCUGAGCGAGAAGGACAAACUGAAAAUGGAAGUGGAGCAGCUCCGGAAAGAAGUGAAGCUGGAAAGGCAGCCGGUGUCCAAGUGCUCCGAAGAGAUCAAGAACUACAUCGAGGAGCGUUCGGGAGAGGACCCGCUGGUGAAGGGGGUUCCCGAGGACAAGAACCCCUUCAAGGAGAAGGGAGGCUGUGUCAUCGCUUAGGAGAUGGAACCCCGCGCCUGCCCCUGGAGCAGACAUUCCUCCCGUAACCUAGGGAGUAACUAGCGUGUCCCCACCGCCGUCGGUUCGUGUCGAACGAGCACAGGAGCGGAUUUCUUUUUAUUUUCUAUUUGUCCCUAGAAAAAUACAGAAACCCACGCGAAAGCUGCCGAGCCCCGCGCCGGGCGCUGGGCAGGGCCGGCUGUGCCCCGCUCCCCGCCGUGGCCGGCCCGUGUCGCUGCGCGGGGCCCGCUCGCCACCCGCUUGUCGGUCGCUUCCUGGCUGUUCGUUGGCAUUAAAGAAACCUGCCCGUAA